UUGAAAAGGACUAUUGGAUGAAAUCCCAAUAUCAAUCUCCAUACCAAACCCAAUAUCAGCCUUUGCCAACCUUUUCUCCUCAACCAAGUUAUCCAACCUUGAGAAACCCAUAUCCUUUUCCACCAACAAGAACUUUGUAUCCCCCUACUAGAAUUAUUCACCCUAGACCUUUUGGACUAAGAUCCUAUAAUCCUUAUGAAGAUGAAAGAAGAUUUCCAGAAGAAAUGUUCUUUCCUCAAUUAAGGAAACCACAACCUAGAUCAGAACCUAGUCCUUCCCAAACCAAAAAACCAAACCAGACACCUCCUACAGAGAAGCCUCCCAAACAAGAAACCCAGAUGUUCCAACCCUCAGAAAUUGAUUCUGAAAUAGUUGCCUCAUCCACUUCUCAUUCCAUACAGCUACCCGAACCUGAACCUCUUGGUAAUAUGAGCACCUUCUUAAAAAAUCUUACCAAACCCUCUGAGAUAAACCUUCAUUCUGAAACCCAGUCUUCCUCUGACUCAUUAUCAGAAACUUCUACAGCUACAACAUUGUCUGAAACUUCUGAAACUUCUGAUACUUCUGAUCCCCUUUACAUGUUGAACCAACCAGAAGCUGACCCUCCAGAAGAACCUUUGGAACCAGAUCCAGAUCCCAUACUUGCAGAAGAAUUUAGACUUCCCAAUAUUCCACUCCCAACCUAUGGAGAUUCCUCAAAAGGUUUUACUAUAAAUGACAUCCCUCCUUCGAAAUGGAUAGACAGAUUCAAAGAGAUCCAAGGAUGGAUGCAUGCUGAAAUGUUAAAUCCAGCAAAUACUUUGACCAACACAAUUGCGAAAGUCAUUGUUCGUUUUCGUGGAAGACUAUUUGACUGGUAUGUAAGCCUUGGAGAAUAUAGGCAAACUCAAUUAAGAAAUAGUCAGUCCAUUAUUGAAUUUUUCAGCUAUCUCAUUGCUGAAUUCACAGGGCCAGUCAGACAUGAACAGAUUACUGCAAGAGAAGAAUUUUUCCAACUUAAAUGCUGUUCUUUCAAACGGCAUGAUUUGGAAAAACAUUUUAUGGAAAUGAACAAAAGAUACCAUAAGAUUGGAGGAAUCGAUGAUGUUAAUCUCAAGCAAUAUUAUUUAGAAUCUAUUCCUUCUACUUUGGGCAAAGAGGCCACCAAGACCAUGGAAAACCAAGGACUCACAAUUCAAAUUGUUAGUUUUGGAGAAAUUUAUCAGUUUGUUUUACAUGCUUUAGAACGGUUAUGUAACCAAGUAGAAUUUGUCAAGCAAAUGGAGAAAAACAAGUAUCUUCUUGGGAAAUCCUGUGACAAGCCGUUUUUGCUGGAUGAUGAACACAAUGAUGAGACUUUGAUCUCAAUCUCCUACACAGUGGACUCUGAGCUUAAUGAAAUCUCAAAUUCAGUCAUACCUGAGGUAUUUUGUCCCCCUGAAUAUUCCCUGAACCUCUAAACCAAAUACCUGCUGACUCCUAUCCACUCUGUCAACCAACCCCAAUAGCCAUGGUUCAACUCCUACAUGAACACUAUUCCAAACCACUUACCCUCCCUGCCUUUUUUGAUACUGGCGCAUCUGCAAGCAUAUUAAAACCUGAUCUGCUCCCUAAACAAUUUUGGGAUCUGUAAUUGGUAUUCAAUCAUUUUUUCUCUGUUAUGUCUCUACUUGGAUGAAUUUUUUUUUCUCAUUUUUUUGGUUAAAAAAGACAUCCUUAAAAUGUUUGAAGAUAUUAUGGAUAGAUUGUUUUAAUCAUGGAUGCAAUGUUUUUUUUUUUUCUUUUACCAUUUAAUGAGUCCUUUGUUGAAAAACUUUAGGAGAAACAUUUUAACCACGUUUUUUGUUUUCUUUCUUUUUUCUUGUGAUCAUAUAAAUGGUUGCUUUGUUUUAUCCCAUGAUCAUCGAUUAUUAUCAGUUUUAUCACUGCUAUUGUUUGUUCGUAGCAAUAUAAUAUCUAUUUGUGAUGAUUUUUGGGUGAUGUUCUAGUUUUGAAUAGUGGUUAGUAUUUAUGUGUUGGCCCACUUGGAUUUGAUUAUUUUGCUGGUUAUGUGGGUAUGUAGCUUGUAUUUGGGUGCGUCGCUCUAGAUAUAAUUAGGAGGUAUAAUCCAUGAGUUGGUUCAUUUGAUUCACAUCUUUAUUAGUGAUUCUGUUUUUUUUUGCUUCAAUAUAUGUUUUUUGUUUCUUUUUCCUUUUUUUUUCCCCUUUUCCUGGUUAUUUGGGUAGGUAGCUCUAAAAAUAAUAUAGGAGUUACAAUCCAUUAUUCAUAUUUGUAUAAGUUUUUUAUUUUUAUUUUUAUUUUUUUUGGUCUAGUAUGCUUGCUUGAAAUGAGGAUGACUGUACCUAAAUGAGGAAGUUGAGAUGGAUGAGUGGCAAGACCAAGAAGGAAAAAAAUUGGAAUGAACAAAUUCAAGGAAAUUUAGGGGUAGCUCUAAUAGCAAUUAAAAUGCGGAAAAAUAGACUUAAAUUGACAUGGAUGAAAGUAGUAAGAAAAGAUAUGAUGACUUAUUUUUUUAAAAAAAUGUUAACUACAAAUGCUGAAAAAUCCAGAAGUUUUUUUUGGUAUUAUCGGUUCAUACAAUACAUAUUUUAGAUCAUAUUACCUUCUUUUAGUUUUUUUAUUUCCCAUUGUACCUUUGGUUUGAAAAUUUAAGUAUGGAACCACAAAAUUGGAUAUAUUUGAGCAGUUCCAAUGUCCAACUUUUGAAUUAUUUGAGGGAAUUUUGUGGAAGUAAAAGAUGAACAAAAUAAGCAAGUGGGAUCUAUGAAAAUUUUGAGAAACUUGAAUGGAAGAUUUUAAAUACUGUAAAGAAGGGUGGUAAUUUUGAAGUUUUUACAAUUGAUGGUGUUGAAAGUACAAUUUACUCUUUUCAAAAUUAAUUAAAAAUUGAUUAUACAGCCUAGUCCAAUCUCGUGAUUAAGUUGUUUAGCCUGCCAGAAAUGUGGUUAGAAGGAUUUUUGUGGUCUUAAGUUGAUUCGUCGUCUGAAUACACAAUAGAAAAUAGUGUUUUUGAGUUUUUGAAAGUCUAGAUCUAUUGUCCCCCUCAAAUUGAUGAAGUCCAUUUUGAGUGCGCAGGGUUGGAUUUACAACACUUUUGAGUUCCUAAUGUCUUUAUUUUUCAAGUAAUUAGAGAACUUUAUCAAAUCACAUAAAAAUUUAAACCAUUUGACUUUUCACAUUGGUGUGAUUGAUAAAUUUCUAAACCCCUAAGAGUGUAUCAUUUGAUGGGCUAUUUGAAAUUUGAUCAAACGAAUGAUUAAGCUAUUUGAAUUAGAUGAAUAGGUAGGAGUUAGACGUUAAAUAGUUCAACUCUUACUGUGAUUUGACGAAUUUCUUAAUUAUUAAUAUGAGGCAUGUAAUCGAAAACUUCCUAGAUAAAAAUAUUCUCCUUGACUGCACUUUUUUCUUUUUCUUUUUUUCCUUUGAGUGGGGUGAGUGGAGGAUGAUCAUGUGCUGUGGGUGAUUGGGCUUCUAAUUGGUGGCCAAAUUUAUUCCAUCAAAAAUUAUAAACUUUAAUGUUCUUAUGCUCCCAAGUAACGAGUGAACAUUAAUGUGACUGUGGUAUGAAGUGCAUUGGAGCUACUAAAUUUAUUAGUUAGUAAGCCUAAUAAUGAACCAUGACUCAUCUUGGA